UCGGUCAGUUAGAAUCUUCAGUUCCCGUCAGUGUUGGCCUUCCUUGAGGCUGGAAAGUUCUCUGGCCACGCGGUCCGAGGGUGGCCCCUAACUUGCACGAUGGCCCGAAAUGCAGAAAAAGCCAUGACGGCCUUAGCAAGAUUUCGCCAAGCUCAAUUGGAAGAGGGAAAAGUGAAGGAACGAAGACCCUUCCUUGCCUCAGAAUGUACUGAGUUGCCCAAAGCUGAGAAGUGGAGACGACAGAUCAUUGGAGAGAUCUCUAAAAAAGUGGCUCAAAUUCAGAAUGCUGGUUUAGGUGAAUUCCGAAUUCGUGACCUGAAUGAUGAAAUUAACAAACUGCUAAGAGAAAAAGGACACUGGGAGGUCCGGAUAAAGGAGCUGGGUGGUCCUGAUUAUGUAAAAGUUGGCCCUAAAAUGCUGGAUCAUGAAGGAAAAGAAGUCCCAGGAAAUCGAGGUUACAAAUACUUUGGAGCAGCAAAAGAUUUGCCUGGUGUUAGAGAGCUAUUUGAAAAAGAACCUCUUCCUCCUCCAAGAAAGACACGUGCUGAGCUCAUGAAGGCAAUUGAUUUUGAAUACUACGGAUACCUAGAUGAAGAUGAUGGUGUUAUUGUGCCUUUGGAACAGGAAUAUGAAAAGAAAUUCAGAGCCGAAUUAGUGGAAAAGUGGAAAGCAGAGAGAGAGGCUCGGCUGGCAAGAGGAGAAAAGGAAGAGGAGGAGGAAGAGGAGGAAGAGAUCAACAUCUAUGCUGUCACUGAGGAGGAGUCUGAUGAGGAAGGCAACCAGGAGAAAGGAGGGGAAGAUGAACAGCAGAAGUUUAUCGCUCAUGUCCCUGUGCCAUCGCAGCAAGAGAUCGAGGAGGCACUUGUGCGAAGGAAGAAGAUGGAACUCCUCCAGAAGUACGCAAGUGAGACCCUGCAGGCCCAGAGCGAAGAGGCCAAAAGACUCAUGGGAUAUUAGGGCUGAGCGAGGGCUUUCUUUGGGGUUUGGAAAUCUGUUGGGGGUUCUUCAGUCCCAGCAGGCCCUUGCAUUAACCCACGGGGCUCUGCUGUCCUGGGGCUGCAGACUGCAGGCUAGUGCUGCAGGGCUUCCUGCUACUUAUUGCCAUCCAUUCUUUUACCUUUUCUCACCUCAUCUACUG